AUAACAAUUCUGCUCCCAAACAUACAGAGCGAAGAUUGGUAUUUCAAUUUUAGUUUCAGCUCCGCCCGACAAAACAUCAAACGAUCAUCUAAUAGUUCCCGACGAUUCUGUUUGAGGUAAAAUUCUCCCGAAUUCCGGCUGGUGGUUUGCAAGAAUUAGUAAAUCACUAAGCUGGUUGUGCUGCCUGAUUUGAGUUCGCAGAUUCUCCUCUCUUCACAACCUCAUGACUUCCUCUUCGCAUGAUCAUUCUGACAAAACUGAAGCUGAUGAACAGAAAAAAAACUCGGAGUUUAGGGAUCACUCCUCAUCUCCUGCAACCGGACUUUCUCCUUCCAUCACAACGCCAAACAUCCCUUACACAACACCUCAACAUGCUAUGGCACCGGCUGCUUACCCCUAUCCAGAUCCCUAUUAUAGAAGCAUCUUUGCUCCCUAUGAUGCUCAAUCAUAUCCUCCACAGCCCUAUGGUGGUCAGCCUAUGGUACACCUUCAGUUAAUGGGUAUUCAGCAAGCUGGAGUUCCUUUGCCUUCAGAUGCAGUUGAGGAGCCCGUGUUUGUUAAUGCAAAACAAUAUCAUGGCAUAUUGCGACGUCGACAAUCUCGUGCGAAAGCUGAAUCAGAGAAUAAACGUGCCAAAUCUAGGAAACCAUACUUGCAUGAAUCCCGUCAUCUGCAUGCAUUAAGACGGGCCAGAGGAUCUGGGGGUCGAUUUCUCAAUUCGAAGAAAAAUGAAAACAAACAGAAUGAUGCUUCAUCAGCCGAUAAAUCACAGUCCAAUAUCAAUCUGAACUUUGACAAAAACGAGACAGCUUCUAUGGAGGGAAAAUGUUGAAAAUUUGAAAGCAAUAAGCAGAGAAAAUAGGCUCACUCCAGCGACAUAGUCUCAGUAGUUGGUAAUGCUUGAUUCUGUCUAGCUCUGUACUUAACAACUCAGUAGCGUAUAUAGAUUUCCAGGCAUUAGGCAGAGGAGCAUAGGAAGAGUGUUGAAUUGCUUUAAUAGUUACGUUGGACAUUUUUUUAAAACUUGGAUAAUAAAUUAGAAAUGGUUUAAU